AAAAAAAAAAAAAAAUUAUCACCAAAUCUUGGAGGAAACCCAUAAAAUCCCAUCAAUAAAAUUUGCUAGAAAACCAAUUCUACUUCACUAAGAAGGUAUUAAAAGUGCAUUUUUCAGAGAAAAGAUCAAAACUUUGAAAGAUGAGGAGAAACAAUGGAGGAAAUUACACAAACCCAUGUCUAACAAUGCACCAACCUUGGGCUUCUCUCCUUGUUUAUGGCAUUAAGCGAGUUGAGGGUCGAUCCUGGCCUGCCCCCAUUAGAGGUCGACUGUGGAUACAUGCUGCUAGUAAAAUCCCUGAAGCUGAAACUAUAAGAGCUAUGGAGGACUUCUACAGAGAAAUUUAUGCAGUAAAUGGGAUAAAGGACCUCAAGUUUCCAGAAAAUUAUCCAACUUCACGGUUGUUAGGUUGUGUGGAGGUGGUUGGAUGUAUUAAAUGUGAAGAGCUGCAAUCCUGGGAGGAAUUACCAGAAGGGGUUAGGCUUGAGGGCCAAACAGAGUAUUGCUGGUUGUGUGAGCAGCCACAGAAACUAAUUAUCCCUUUCGAAAUGCGGGGGCAGCAAGGUGUUUAUAAUUUGGAAAGGAAGAUAUACGAUGGAGCUGCAAGAGGUCUGCGUCCAGUUGAACCACCAUACCCUGUCAAGUUUCCACUUAUUGAUCCUCGAGAUCCAUUCUCACUGAAACCAGGAUCACUCACGUGUGUCUCUAGUAACUCCAAGGCUUCUGUAUUGAAAAUUUCUUCUAGUCUUGGCAAUGUCAUAGCUAGUGCACGAGUGGCUGCUACACAGUUCUCAAGGGAAAAUAAGGGUGAUUAUUGUGUAGAUUCUGAAGCAGAAACUCCUGUUUCUUCUAGGACAAGGAAUAAAUCGAAGGGUACAGCGGAGACUGAAGAAAUGGUGCCUCAUAUUACAUAUAGCACUAAUGAUCAGUACUGUCAGCCUGAUCAAUAAGGUCUCAUUUUUAGCUGCACAAGAGUCUAACAGUGAGCUACAUAUGAUCACAGUGAACAACAAUGAGAAGGUCAUUGGCAUAUUGGAAUUGAACAAAGUGCACUUCUUUGCGUUUCUUUUUCCUUUCAAAGCAACUUAAAGGACACUCAGGUUCCGUAUUCCUUGAUAUUUUGGUGAACCAGUCAUAUGGAAGAUUUAGUUGUGAAGCAUGUACAAAUAUUUUAAAUAGUUGCCAUGGCUCUAGAUUAUUUUCUGUUGCAGAUAAUAAUGAUUAUGUUUAUUUUGUACUUCAGAUAAUAAUGAUCUGGAUGUAAAAUAAAAUUCGUGGUUACAAUUUUAUCAAGCUUUUGAUCAUUAAUCCUUGUUAAUGAUGAGAUCAUUCAAAUUCAAUAUUCACUCAGGUCUGCUUAUGAUUUUGUAGCUA